AUGAACGUGAAGUUUGGGCGCCCGAGGAAGGUUAAUGGCAUUUGGGACCAGCUUUCUCAUGCUGACCUUGCUUUUUCUGAUGAGCAGUCAAUUCAGCUUUUUGCUGCAUAUCGGGAUCGUCGUCAGUUCCUAUCCUUUAUGAUGCAUAUCCGGGAUGAAUUUGAGAAUACUCGAGCUUCUUUGUUACAUCGAUUUCCUUUUCCUACACUUGAGAAGAAGGCCAAGGAUGCUAGGGAUGCUCUCAAGGCUACGACAUCUUCCUCUUCCAGGCCUGUUGUUGCUGUCUCCGCCAACUCCUUAGUUUCUGCUCCAUCUUCUGCACCUCCUUUGUCAUCUCCUUCUGCAGCUGAUGAUCCGAAGAUGGGCCAACUUGUUGGGACCGGGUGUAAAGUUGGUCGCCUUUUUAAGCUCACGUCUCUGCAUUUGCCUCAUUCAUGUUCUCCUUCAUCUCUUUCUGCUGCCAUGUCUUCCCGUAAAACUUUACCUUUUAAUGAAAGUGAUUAUUUGUCUUCUGCACCUUUUGAUUUGGUUCAUUCUAAUAUUUGCGGACCUGCUCCUGUCCCUACUAAGGAUCUCUCUCCCGAUUUUUCCUCUAAUGCAAAUCAUGACAACUCAUCAAGUGAUCACUUCGUGUCUGCCUCUCUCGAACCUGGCUCGUAUGAUGAUCAUGCUGUCGCAUCCAUUCUGCCUGAGUCCUAUGAUUUGGAUGUUCGUCGUUCUAGUCGAGACUUGGUUGACCUGCCUCCUGGAAAGAUUGUAGUUGGGAACAAAUGGGUGUAUAAACAGAAAACGAACUUUGAUGGUUCUGAAAUGGAUGUCAAGAAUGCCUUCUUACAUGAUGAUUUGGUUGAGAAGUUUGAGACGAAAGACCUCGAUUCUCUUCGCUACUUCCUCGACUUAGAAGUGUCUCCUACCUCUGAUGGCUUCUCUUUGACUCAAGCUAAAUAUGCUUCUGAUCUUCUCACACGUGCCGGUAUCACAGAUAGUAAGAUCACUUAUAGUCCACUAGAGCCCAACAUCAAACUCCGUCCUACUGAUGGGGAGCUCCUUCCCGAUGGCACUUAUGCUAAUUGGGCAGGGGAUCCUACUGAUCGUCGACCUACCACUGGUUUUCUUUUUCUACUUGGUGACUCUUUUAUCUCUUGGCGGAGCAAAAAGCAGAUUGUUGUUGCUCGAUCUAGUACUAAGGCUGAGUAUCGGGCUAUUGAUGAUACAACUUCUGAGCUUCUUUGGCUUCGUUGGCUUCUCCAUGAUAUAGGUGUUCCUCAGCCCUCGCGCAUUCCGCUUUACUGUGACAAUCAUAGUGCUGUUUAG